AUGUCAACUAAUAAGAGUGUUUCUUUGCUUAAGGCCAUCAAGCCAUACAAACAAGGGUGGCACAUUCAAGUUAAGUUGGUUCAUUCGUGGAGACAGAAAACCAUAUAUGGAGGAGAUAGUCUUGAGUUGAUCUUCGCUGAUGAGACUGGUGAUAAAAUCCACUAUACGUGCAAGAGAACUUACAUUCAACGUACGCAACGUGACCUGGGUCUUGGUGAAUGGCAUAUGAUAGAUGUAUUUUCGUUGUCUAAUGCAACGGGACAGUAUCGUACAACGAACCAUACAUACAAGAUGUCCAUCAUUGAGGACACGAAAAUAUCAAAAAGUUCCCUUGUGUGUGAUGAUAAGUUCUUCAGUUUUGCCGGUUUUGAAGAGAUUGGAAAUGGAACCCUCAAAACUCAUUUUCUAAUUGAUGUCAUUGGUCAAGUGACCAGUCUUCGUGACAUUCAAACUGUCCAAGUUUCUGGCAAGGAUAAGAAGAAAGUUGAAUUCCGCUUACUGGACAGCAGUGGUCAAAGCAUUGCCUGUUGUUUGUGGGGAAAGUAUGCUGAACAGCUUGACGAUCAUCUCCAACAAACAAAAGAUCCUAAUAUGGUGUGCUUGAUCUGGUUUGCGAAAAUUGAGUUUUACAAAGGAGAAGUUCAAGUAACCAAUGCAUUUGAUGCAUUACUAAUCCUUUUCAAUCCUGAGUUACCCGAAGCUCUUGCUUUAACAAACGUGUAUGAUUCUAAGCAACUUGACAUACCUUCUUUCUUCUGUCCUUUUUUUGUCAAAGCAACUUGA